UGCAGUACGCAGUUGACGUUCGGGUUGUGAGAAGUUUGGUUUAAUUUUGUUUUAAUUUUCCUUUAAUGUAAUGGAGCGGUAGCUGAAAAAUUAAUAUACUAAAAAUAUAAUAAAAAAAGAAUCCAACUUUUUCUUUAUUUUUAUUGUAUAAAGUGUAAAUUUUGGCCUUAUUUACUUGCGUUUUUCUCGAAAUUGGAAGCUUUUCACAGAGCAAAACUUAAUAAGCACAAUUAAAUGGAAUUAUUAUUUAUGGAAAUAUAGAAGCAAAACUAAAAAAUUGCGACUGGAUUAUUUUCUUUACGUCUCGAAAAGAAUAUUAAUUCAAAAAGGAGUCCUAUUCACUUUUCUGAAGAAAUCAAUAUACAAAAAAUAACUACAUAAUAAAUUUUUCAUCCAAUGAAAUCACAUUUAUUCAUUUUAUAAGGGAAAAAAAUAUAUAUACUUCAAAUAUUUAAGUAUAUAUCAAUAUUUUAAGAGAACAACUACAAUAAAUUAUGAAAUUCAAAUUUUAAGAAUAAAUAUCAAAAAAUCUUUCCAACAACAAAAUCACACAACAAUUAACUACAUAAUAUAUACAUAGAUAUAUUAUCGUAAAAAUAAAUUUGUGCAAUACUUACGUGUUUAGCCAUCAUUCGUUUUUUUUUUUGCUUUUUUUAAAACUUGUUCAAUGUUAUUAAGAUCGAUUAGAUGGCAUAUUAAUUAUUUGCAACACUAUCACUUUCUCAAAUUUACGCUAUAGCCGCUUACAUAUUUUUUUUUUUUAAUAAAUUUCAAAACCUCAACAAUUCUAAAUUUCAAUUGGAUUUCGUUUUCUAAUUUGAAAGACAUUUAAAAUAAAAAAGCCAAAAAAUUUUUAAAGUACAAUAUUUGUAGAGCAACAAACUAGAAAAAAAAAGAAAACAAAAUGGUUGAGCGAAUCAUUGAAGAAACAGCUGCUGAAAUAAUUUCUGAAACAAAUAAUCACCUAAUUAACCAAAAUAUAAAUACUGAAAGUAGUGAGACUAGUAGUUCGAAUUCAACAAUAGCUGAAAAUGAUCGUGUUGCAGAUUUUAAUAGGCAUAAAGAAGAAAUGAAAAGGAAACGCAAAAAGAAGAAACGGACCAGUUCAUCUUUACAUUCUUCAACAUUUCAAGAAUUAUAUAAAUUGACUGGAGAAGUUCUUGGCGAAGGUGCCUAUGCUUCAGUACAAACAUGUGUCAAUAUAUACACGGAAUUAGAAUAUGCUGUUAAAAUAAUUGAUAAAAUUCCUGGUCAUGCUCGCGCUCGUGUUUUCCGUGAAGUUGAAACAUUUCAUCAUUGCCAGGGUCAUCCUGGUAUACUGCAACUAAUUGAAUUCUUUGAAGAUGACGAACGUUUUUAUUUAGUUUUUGAAAAAAUAAAUGGUGGUCAACUGUUAACAAGAAUCCAAGAACAAGUUUGUUUUUCAGAACAGGAAGCUGCUCAAAUAAUUAAAGAAAUAGCAUCUGCUCUUGGAUUCUUACAUAAAAAAGGAAUAGCACAUCGUGAUUUGAAACCGGAAAAUAUUUUAUGUGUUGAUCCACAAAAAUUAUGUCCAAUAAAAAUUUGUGAUUUUGAUUUAGGUUCUGGUAUUAAUUUUACUACAGAAUUAUCUUCACCAGCAGCAACGCCACAACUUUUAACACCCGUAGGAAGUGCUGAGUUUAUGGCACCAGAAGUUGUUGAUUUAUUUGUUGGAGAAGCUAAUUAUUAUGAUAAACGUUGUGAUCUCUGGUCAUUAGGUGUGAUUGCUUAUAUAUUACUCUGUGGUUACCCUCCAUUUUCUGGAAACUGUAAACAAGACUGUGGUUGGAGUCGAGGUGAAAAUUGUCGUAAAUGUCAAGAAUUAUUAUUUGAAUCAAUACAAGAGGGACGAUUUUCAUUCCCUGACAAUGAAUGGUCAGAUGUAAGUGAAGAGGCUAAGGAUCUAAUUCGAGGUUUAUUAGUUAAAGAAGCGCCAAAAAGACUUAGUGCUGAAGCUGUUUUGAAUCAUCCAUGGAUUAAAAUGGCUGAAUUUGAAUCAGAUGACAGCAUAAAAAUGGAAAAUCGUAGAAAAGCAUUGAAAACUUCUCUUAUUAUACGAAGAAAUCAAUCAGCACGUGAAUUAUCUCAAUUUGCUGAAUCUGCAAUGGCUGUGAAACGUGUUAUUUUACAACAUUUCUCUAUGCGAUAUGAUUACAUGCAAAAGGAACGUCCAAACAUAUAUCAACCGUCACGUACUAAUACAGAUUUUAAUAAUGCUAAGUUAUUAAGUUCACAUGACAAUGAUCAUAUUUCUGAUAUAGUUAUUAAUCACGAUUCAAAUGACGAUAAAUUUUUCAAAAUUAAAUCAAUGCACCAGAUUGAUUUGAUUCGUGAACAUAAACAGAAACAAAAAAGAUUAAGUAUAAAUAAAUUUGAUAAUAACGAUGCUAUUAAUCAAAGCAGAGAAAUCAUUGACAAAAUAACAUCUACAUCUAUUACAACAUCAAUUAAUACAGCAAACAAAUCAAUAUCAAUAAAUUCUACACAUAAUGCUACUUCUAACAUUAUUAUUGAUAAUAAUAAGGAAAGUGAUAAUUAUAUUGAUAACGCGAAUGAUAAUAAUGAUAGUUCAUUACAGGAAAACGAUUCGAUUUUAAUUGACAAACAAUUUUCUUUAUCUUUAUCUAAUAAAAGCCAAAAUUCUUCCGUAUUAUUAAAUUCUACCUUAAAAACCAGUUCAACACAACCAAUUUUCCUACAAAAAGAAUCGCAGCCGCCUAUGAUGGAUGAUUUGUCAACAACCCCAACGCCAAAUUCUUCUUUUGCACCUUCUAUUACUACAACUGUAGAUAAAAAUUAUAAAAACAAAUCUAUUUAUGAAACUAAUUGUGAUAAAAGUGGUAUGGUAUCAAUCCAAAACUCAAAUAACUCAAUAAAUAAGUCAAUAGAAACGACAAGCAUUUUUUAUAAUGGUGAUGAUGAAGAUGUUGAUGAUGAAGACGACUUUAUUAACGAUUACGAAGAUGAUGAUGAUGAUUACUUAAAUAAUUUCUUAAAUUUCGAUGAUGAUGAUGGUAAUGAAAAAUAUAAUGCCAAUGAGAGCUAUGGUGAUGAUGAUUGUGAUAAUUAUUCAAAUAAUUCGACCCCUACAAAUGAAUCCGUAUUAAAGAAAAGUUAUGAUAAUUUCAAGAAACUGUAUCAACAUAAUUCAAUAAAUAAGGAAAAUCUUGAAAAUUUUAUAAAUACGUCAAAUAACACUCCUUCAAUAGUCGAUAAUAAGACAAAUACUUUUAACAAUGUAUGCAGUAAUGAUGUUUUCAUUACAACAGCAAAACCAUUCGCAAAUUCUGUUUCAAGUUUUAAUGAUAAAUUUACAACAUUAAAUUUGCAAGACGAACAUUUCAAUAGAAAAAAUCAAAAAUCCUACCAACCGUAUCAGCAAAAAUCGUCUGCAUUUUCGAAUGCAUUUACAAACGAUAAAAAUUGGAAAAAUUUUAAAAACAAAAAUGCUGAACAGAAAUCAUAUACAAAUACAACUCACAUCCCAGGUUUUUAUAAACCUUCGACACCACCUUCCAACAAUAAAUUUGAUAAAAAUUUUAAUGGAAAAUCUCACAACAAAUUUUAUGGAAAUGCAAAUAAUAUUCCUCAAGAAAACUGGCGCAUUCGCAAUAAUAAUAACAAUAAUGGUUUUACCUUAAAGAAUUAUACUGACAAUCAUACUUCAUUGGGCUUCCGAAACUAUCGUGCAAAUAAUAUUGUUAAUACGAAUGUUAUUAAUGGUAAUAUAAAUGGACUAAGUGCAAAUAAUACCGCAUAUAACUACUUAAAUCAGCAAUCAUAUCGUGAUCAAAUAUCAAAAUAUUAUUCUAAUUAUAAUAAUUCUUUUGGAAAUAAUUUUCAAAAUAAAGCAACUGUAAACAAUUUCAAUGGUACAGUUUUGAAUAAUAAUAAUAAUAAUAAUAACAACAGUAACAGUAAUAAUAAUAAUAAUAACAACAAUAACAAUAAUACAAAUAACAUAAACAUUAAAAAUUAUAAUAAUUUUAAGAAGGGAUAUAAUAUAAUGAGUUAUUAUGGCAUUAAUAACAACAACAAUAGUAAUAAUAACAAUGUUAUUAAAAAUAAUAACAACAUUCAACAAAAUUCGAAUAUUGGUAAUAAUAAAAUUACCAAUUGGCGUAAUGAUUCUUCUGCAUACUCGCCGAAAAGAAAUUUUGCGAAUGGUUUUGCAUCACAUAAUAUGAAAACAUCACCACCAUCUAUUAAUCAUGCAAAUAACUAUAAUGAUUCUGGAAAUCGAUCAACAUAUUAUAAUUUUAAUAACUAUAACUACAAUGCACAUUAUAAUGUGGAUAAAAUAAAUUUAUUUGGUCAACAGCAUCAACGAUCAAACUUCAAUAAUUACAACUAUGAAAAUAAAAACAAUGUUUUUGGUUUGUCACCACCAAGUGAAAGCGUUUUAAUGCAAAGACGUUUAUCACAACAGCAAUAUCAACAGAAACAGAAUCAUCAAAUCAAACAACAAAUUCAAUUACAACAACAUUUACAACAACCGAAUCAUCAUUAAACACAAAGUUUGAUUAAUUAAAGUCGUCUUAAUCAUCAUCAUUUUAUCUUUACUUUUAAAUAUGUUUCAAUAUUUUAAUUAAUUAUUAAUUAUUUUAUUUUUAAUGUAUUUUUGAGCCAUUUCUUUUUCGUAUUUAAUUUAAUUUUUAUAGUAGUCAAAAAAUGCCUUAAAAUUAUGACUAAUUAUAUUAAUAAAAACAUUUUGUGUUUAAGUAUUUUUCGCUAAAAUUUCUUUUUUGUUUCCAAUUAUAAAUUAAUUAUCCUUCUUCUUUAAAAAUUACUUCGUUUUAUUUAUUUUAAAAUUUCACAAGUAAGUAACUUUUACGAAUGAAAUUAUGUUUUUAAACUUUAUGAUAAAGUUAUACAACUAAUAUUAUAGUUAUACAAUAAUUUAAU